AUGGAGAUAGAAACUACUAAAUCUCUUUAAGAGGAACUCUUUGUUGAUAAGUCUGAUAAUUAGAGAAAUUAUAUGAAAGAACUCUAAGACUGCAUAGAAAAAAACAUGCCAUAAAUGAUAGAAAUAGUUAGGACUGAAGAAAAAAUUGAUAGUACAUUGAGGAUAUUACUAAAUUUCAAAAUAUAAUAUCCUGAGAAUUACAAAAAGAUAGUAAUAUGCUGCUAGAGAAGCUAAGAUACAACUUAAUAUUUUGAAAAGGCGACUCAACUAGCUGAAAAAUACCCAGAAAUUAAAGAAAAAUUACUUAUUUUAAAGGUUUCAAAUAAAAGAAAUCUUUGCAUUGAACCAACUAGAGAGGAUAAAUAUGAUGAGGAAAUAUUUUGUAAAUAUAAAAGAAAAGUUGAUACAAAUAAAUGUAAAUUUUACGAAGAAUUCAGAAAUAUUGUUAAAAGCGAACUUAGCAAUCGAAAGGGUAUAUACGAUUAAAAUAAAUUAGUAUAAGAGGGUAAAAUGAAAGGAUUUUGUUCUUAUUUUGCCUAAAAUGAACUUAUUAAAGAUGCAGACAUUAUAAUAUGCGAACAUAAGAAUAUAUUUAAAGAUGAAGACAAACAAUAAGAUAUAUAUUAAUUUAUUCCUAUGCAACAAAACAAAGAAAAUAAAGGCACAUUUCUAUUUGUUGACUAGUCUUAAUACCUUUAUGAAGAUAUCUAAACCUACAAUACAUUUAACAUCGAGCAGCAGGUCAUCCAUUAAGCUGUAAAUAAAUGCAGGUAGCUAAAAUAGGUUAUUUAUGAGCAAGUAGAGUUAGUAAAAAAAAACGAAUUAGUAAAAAACAACAAAGUCACAGACUUUUUUAAAAAGGAUUACAAUGACUUAAUGUCUAAAUUAGAAAAAUAAAUGUUAAAAGCAGUAAAUGACCAAGAAAAUGGCGCUCAAGAAAAGCCUCAAUAAUUUCCUGCAUACGUAAAGCAUCCGAUAUUAUUGGUAGAAUUUUUGCAAAAUGUUUCUCUUGAGUUAAAUUAAUGGUUUGAAAAUCAUUUCAAUAAGAAAAAAAAUGAUUUAGAUAGAUAAAAUAAUUUUAAUAAUGCUCACCAUGCAAGUGCUCCAAUCUUGGUAAAUGAAAAAAUACCCAAAGAAGAUUUGCAAAAUUUGAAAAACUUAUAUCCGAUGAAAAUUAAAUUAAGACUUGUAAUUGAUGAAUUACUUUCAUAUAUGUUCAAAUACAUAUACCCAGAAAACAGCUAAGAGAAGGAUGAUACAUUUUAAAGUCUUUAUAUAAUAGGUGACUUCUUGUAUUUCUUUAAUUUGUAUUACUAGUCAAAUGACUAUCCUUUAAGAGUCUUCUUCUAAGAUCAUCCUGAAUACUUAAAGGAAGCUAUUUACUAUCCUAUUCUAACUUGCACCCCUUCUCAAAUAAAAAAUUUUUCAAAGCGUAUUUUUGACACCUCCUCUAAUUACAUAUUGACUUCAGACUGCAUUUUAUAAAAAAAUUAAAUGCGUACAACAACAGUAUUAGGUUUGCAAAAACUAGCAAAUCUAAGAUAGAAUUUCUUUCCAAGAUUUGAUUUAGAGGAUAGAGUUAAAUUCAACUGUAAACCUAUGUUUUUUACAAAAUGGAAUGACUAAUCAACAUUCUAAUCACAAAAAAUUGAACACUCUCCUCUACAAUUAAGAAACUAUGUAAAUAUAAUAAAUAGAGUAUCUGAAUUUACUCCUGAUGGUAUUGUAGUAUAUCUACCAAACAUAGCAGUAUUUUUCAGAUUUAUUAAAGAAAAAGUUGAUGAUAUACUUUCAAAGAGACCUGUUUACUUUGAAUCUCCUUUUUCACCUGAAAAAACUAAGGAAGCAUUUAAUUAUUAUAAAACAAAUUGUGAUAACGGAUAAGGUUCUUUCUUUUUUUGUGUUGCAAACGGAUGGGCUAGCAGGCAUCUUGAAUUCUAAGAUCACUGUGCUAGAGCUGUUUUAAUCCUUGGUUAUCCAAAAAGACAAGAAUUCUAUUAAUAUAUUUCUCAUGAUAAAAAAAUCUAUGGUUUAGAAGAAGAAGAUUUUUACACCUUGGAUUCUAUGACAAAAGUAACUUAAUGUAUAAAGAGUGUAUAUACUCACACAACAGAUUACUGCACUAUAAUCCUCGCUGAUACAAAAUUAAGAGCAGACUCUGAUUAUCUUCCAGCAUGGGCAAACUAAAAUUUAAAAGGUUAAGAUGAACUUACGGUUGAUGAUCUCUUUUAAGAAAUCCUCUUAAACCAAAGAGCCAUGGGGAAAUUAUAUGGCUGA